GUUUCCGUAAUUCUCGUUUUUUAGUACAACCACUAUGCGGUAAAAUUUGAAAAUAUAGGCUCCAAUUUUAAGAAUCAUUGAUACCAUGAGAUCUGUACGAACAACUUAUAAACGUCAUCGAACUGAUCCUGGCGAAGAGCCAACUUCGGCGAACGACAGAGAGGAUUCGUUAAAGUUCACAUGGCGAGUGUACAGAUCUACGCCUCUGUAUCACUUUUUUUUGGAAGAUUUCAACAGGUAUUCAGGAUCGUUGACUACGUUCUUAAAACUCGAGACACAAAAGAGCACUGAAGAAGCUAACGAGGAUAGUUCGGUUAUCGAUGAGGCUCAAUUUAGUCGUUUAUUAGGCUUUAAGAUCUUAAAAGAUGAUGAAGAUGCAUUCCGUAUCAUAGUCAAAGGACAGAAUGAGAAAGAAAAUAAAAUAUUAUUAGAAGUUAUAUUCUCAUCUCUGAAUGAUCAUUUCCUUCCAAGACAUUUAAAAACACAGUUCGCUUAUUAUCCCUUGGUACUUGUGAAAGGUUUAGUAUGGGCUAGAGAACAGUUUAUCUCAUGGUUUCAGGCGGCAUUUGACUGCACUAUCAGAGCUCAGCACAUUUCACCGUAUAAUUUAUCGUGUCUAUUGGCUUUACUUGGAAGUGAAGAGCCAGAACUAAAACGAUUAAAGACUAAGCCUAUUAUGCUAAGUUAUGAAUUUCCCUCAAAAAACGUCAAAGAAAUUCCAUUAGAAUUUGACAGGCAAACUUUUCUUAAUCUAUUUAAAACCGCUAUAAAAGAAAAUAAAGAGGAAAUUACGCGGCAAGAUGUAGGCAGAUUGAUGAAGAUUAUUCACGAAUUUUUUGAAGAUAAUAUCAACAUUCGUUUAACCAGGCUAAUGCUAUCAAAAAUAUCACUACCUGGUAUAAUGAUAUCAUCGGAUGGAAGAUUAAAGUUGUUUGAAGAAAGUAUGAUCCUCCCAGUUCUAAAGUUUAUUAGUGAUAUUAUUACAGACGAAUUUAAGAAAUUUAGCUAUUUUGAAAUAGUUAUUGUUGGUUUUCUUGCUCAUAAAACUACUGUAAACAUUGAAGGUUUAAAGAUACUUAGAGCCUUUAGAACUUUAAGAACUUUACGAACAGUAUCUUUCAUCAAAGGACUUCAAGUACUAGUAAGAGCUUUGGUAGAUACUAUUAAAAGAUGGUUAAUUAAUAUUAUACUGUUACUACUUUUGUUAAUGUAUAUUUUUGGCAUAAUGGGCUAUUACUUAUUCGGUACUGGCGAGGGUUCUGAUAAGGAACAUUGGGGUUCGAUAUCAAAGGCGAUGAUGUCGCUAUUCACAUACGUUAGCGUUGAUGGUUGGACAGAUAUUCAAGAAUCAAUGGAUAAGAAGGGAUAUAAAUUUAGCAGACUCUUUACAAUCUCUUUUAUAUUUAUAGGUAAUUUUAUUUUUACUAAUGUCUUUAUUGGCGUCAUUAUAAUGAGCAUCAAUCAAUCUACUGAGAAAAAACAAUUAACUGAAAGAAAGGCUAUUGUACAACAUAGGAAACAAGAGCUGAUGCAUAGGCAAUUUAGAAAAUAUCAGCAAAUUCUUGAAAGAAAAAAAAAGGGAAAAUUUAAAAAUGUUGAAGAGUUUAUUGAAAAUUUUGGUCGUACUCUUUCACACAACGCAUCUGUAUUCACUGCUGAUAAAUGCGGCAAUAAAUUAUGGCUUGAGAUAUUCCUUGUAAGUUUAGGUCUAUUGGACGAUACCAUGCACGGCCUGCAGCAAUUGUACUUUGAGAUGGCGUCAGUGCUCUCUUCAGAAUACGAGAAUAGACUAAGAAGGGGAUUGAAAGUUGAAAAUGUAAAAGUUAGGCCUAAUUGCGAAAGAUCAGGAGUAGAACAAAAUGAAGAGGUUAGGCUAAAAAAAAUAAUUAAAGCCUAUGAUUUUCAUGAAACUAAAAGGCUGCAUACAAACACAAAAUCGAUAUCGAAAGAAGAUUAAAAGUUUAUUAAUUAUGCUUUUUGCUUUCUCUUUCUUCAUCCUGUCCAUUGUCCUCUAUUUUAAAAGCCUAAAGAAAGAUUUUUACCAAGUGAAAGCGCCAUCUGCCUCCAGACAUUUCUUUAUUAGAAAGAAAAUUGAAUAAAAAAUAAGAUUAUCACCUGUA